ACUGCUUCAGUUGAGUUUUAGCUCUAAAGCCGGAUAAACACGGAAACAGACACACGGGGCAAUAUAAGAUACAACAUUUAACAUAGUUUAAUUGUUUUGGUUUUAUUUUCGUCUUUGUGAUUUCUAGUGCUUCAAUUUUGUUGUUACGCCAUUGUUGAAACUGAUCUGUUUACUCGAAAUCAAUUGUGAUCCUUAAAUUGUCAUUCAAUAUUUUUUUUGUCUUAUUUGUGACGCCAAUCGAGAAUUUAUCAGUGAUACUCAAGUAUUGAUUGAUGCUGUUGUUGCUGCAUUCUGCAUUUAUUUUACCUGUACAAAUAUUUUGUAGAGAGAGAAAGUGAUUGUUUUAGGUGAUAUUUGCAGCAAUUUUUGUGUUAACGCACCUUGUUCCGUCCCCGCUCAAAAUUAAACAAUCAUGAAAAUCAAGAAGGAAAGAUUUUUAAAAUUAUUCCAAGAACAACUGCUUACGAUUUCAACAUUGGCCGGUGUUGUUUUGGGUAUUAUUCUCGGUCUAAUUGUGCGAGCAUCAUCUUCAUCGCAAUGGGGCCAACGCGAAAUAAUGUACGUCAAGUUUUUGGGUGAACUUUUUUUGCGUAUGUUGAAAGGAUUGAUAUUGCCGUUGGUCAUUUCAUCGUUGAUAAGUGCAAUUGGCACAUUGAAUUUCAAAGCAACGGGUAAAAUUGGCGGUCGUGCAAUCACAUAUUAUUUAUCAACAACUUUUAUAGCCGUUAUUUUGGGCAUAAUACUUGUUGUAACUGUUCGUCCGGGCAUUGAUCGCAAUCAAAUGAAUUCAACGGAAAGUGCACCACAAGGAAAUAGUAAACUACGCACCACAACCACAGUCGAUACAAUGCUCGACUUGGUUCGCAAUAUGUUUCCACCAAAUAUUGUUCAGGCCUGUCUCGAACAGUAUCAAACGGUUUUAAAGCCAUCCAGUGACAACGACAGCAAUACUGAUAUAAAUAUGUGGAAAAUUGGACAUACAUAUGGAAAUGGCAUGAAUAUUAUUGGUUUGGUGGUUAGUGCGGUGGUAUUGGGUAUUGCGAUGAGUAGUUUGCAUGGUACCGUCAAUACAUUGUUGCAUCUGGUGACUGAAGUGAGCACGAUUAUGAUGAAAAUCACAUCGUGGGUCAUUUUCAUAUCACCAAUAGGUAUUUUUUUCUUGACCGUGUCGCAAGUCAUUGAAAUGGACGAUUUAAAUGUUGUUGCUGGAAAAUUGGGACUAUACCUAUUCACUGUGAUUUUUGGCAUUUUGUUUCAUGGUUUUAUAAUACUUCCAAUCAUCUAUUACGUCUUCACUCGAAAAAAUCCAUACAAUUUCAUUUUUAAUGGCAUGGGCCAAGCAAUGAUGGUGGCAUUCGGAACUGGAUCAAGUUCGGCCACAUUGCCAGUUACAAUUAAGUGUAUCGAAGAAAAUAACGGCAUUAAUCCACAGAUUUCACGAUUUAUGUUACCAAUUGGAGCUACCAUUAAUAUGGAUGGAACGGCAUUGUAUGAGGCAGUGGCUGCCAUUUUCAUCGCUCAAUUGCGUGGAAUUCCUUUGUCAAUUGGGAAAGUUGUGGCGGUUAGUAUAACAGCGACUGCAGCAGCAGUGGGGGCAGCGGGCGUACCUCAAGCCGGUUUAGUUACCUUAGUUAUGGUCUUAGACGCAGUUGGUCUGCCUCCGGAAGAUGUAAGCCUAAUCCUUGCAGUGGAUUGGAUAUUGGACCGUGUUCGAACCGUGGUAAAUGUUCUCGGAGAUGCGAUUGGUGCUGGCAUUGUGGAUCAUAUCAGUAAAACUGAUUUAACAAAGCCGGUAAAUCCACAACAGGGCACACCAAAUUCCAGCUAUGAGAUUGAAACUCAGAUGGAAACUUAAGAACUUCAAUAUUCCUAUAAUGUUUUUCUUAAACGGUCAAAAAUUUCGAUAAAAAAAUAAAUUGACAUAUUUUUCUAUAUAAUAUAAGAGAAUAGCUCAUUUGAACGUUG